GCAGGUGUCAGUAGAUGCACGCCGUACGGCACAUAUGAACGCGGGGAAUUGUCUGGUCGUUCAUAUGGCCAGCCCAAAGCUUUGACCGGUGCUGCACGCUGCUUAGUUAAUAUAGGUGUUCUGUGGCUACACUUUUUAUUUCGUUCGCGGUGGUGAUCUGUAGUCUCUGCAGGACUGCAGCUGUAGAGCGUUUGUAGGAUCUGUUCUGCGUAUAGGGCUACCUUUGAUAUACUACAUAUUCCGAAGCUACAGCGCCACGUCCGUAGUGCCUGAUAAGAAUUGUUGUGUGUUUUUCAAAGUUUGCUAGCCAUGAAGGAGGGAACUCUGUUGCCCGAGGAAACGUUGUUGUUCGACUAUCAAAUCGCCGGCCACGUUCACGGGAACAACAAAACCAAGUUAGGUCUUCUGAAACACAAAGAUGGGUCAAUAUUGAAGCCGUUAUUGAGCAGUGAUGAACGCACGCUACGAGAGCACAAGUUUUAUGAAGAGGUCUUUAGAGCUGAAGAACCUCUACCAGAGCUGUUGACCCUGAGAACAUUCCUCCCUAAGUACCUGGGAACAUGGAAGACAGACUACCUUGGCCAAGAAGUGGAGUAUCUGCGCUUGGAUGACGUGACUCGUGAGUUCCGGAGCCCUAGCGUCAUGGAUGUGAAGAUAGGUGCCCAAACAUAUGACCCAUUGGCAGAGCCCGAGAAGGUCGCCCUUGAAGAGGCAAAGUACACAUGGAGUCGGCAGCUUGGUUUUCGUAUUCUUGGCAUGCGGGUUUUUGACAAAUGUGAGCAGAAAUAUCACAUUUAUGGAAAAGAUUAUGGCCUCAAGCAAACACCUGACUCCAUACUAGAAGGAGAAGAAAUCUUGUAGGAUCGAAAGGAUGACUCCAAGUGACAAGCUCUUUUCCUUUUUUAUUACAGGGACAGAAAUCUUGUAAGAUCGAAAGCAUGACCUUUUCCAAAACCACAUAAAUUAUGUAACAUUUCACAUAAGCUGUGAACUAAUGCAUCAUAUUUGUACACUUCAGACAGUAACAUAGGGCUGCACAACAUACUGCCGGCGGCCGAGUUUAUAUGGUGCUGGUGCUAAAAUCGGAGCAUGGCAAUAUGAUGAGGGAAAACAAAUUUUGUUGCCAAACAUGAUGCACAACAUGAACCAUCGGUGACAUCAGUCACAAUAAGUUGCAAAGGAUGUGGGAGCAUAGCAUCUCUUUGGGAGCACAUAAGAAAGGCACACAAGAACAGUGCGUAUUCGUCGAGAUAGCAAGGCCAAGAUCGCGUUAGUGCGGCAUCCAUAAUUGAAUCAAACAUGCACGUUCCCUAAAUAUUUUGACUGAAUGAUCGCAGACUAACACCUGUGAAUAGAUGCUGUUUUUUCUUGUUUGUGUGCAUUUGCCUUACUUGUUGACAUUCACAAAUAUUUGCUCACAUUGCAGCUCUGGGAGUAGGCAUCAAUCAAGGUAUUGGGCUUUAAUGAUGUUGGCAUCCUACACAUCGUUCAAGUUUUUGCAUAUUAGGAGAAUGCAAAGAGCAUGCGGUUCUUCGUUGUCUCAUUUAAAGAGCUUGUUAUAAAGUGACCGAGGUUUGGCAGACCAACUUCUUGACAUGCUGCUAGCCCAACUCCUACUGGCAUUAGGAUGCGCCACUUCUCCAUUCUAAUUGUGGAAGCCAGAUUUUCUAUCUGUAUCAUACUUAAAAACUAAAAUGGAAAUGGCAUCUUUUUCAAUAAUUUCGAACAUCAGAUGUUUUUGAAUUCGAAGAUAAACUUCAUGCCCAUGAAAUCUUCAGAAUAUGGUGAGAACCCUAUAGCAGAAUCCCAACACUGUUUUACAUUGUUCAGAGAUAAGAAAAGGAAACCACCCGUUUAGUGAGCCUUUCUCGGCGACAGCGGAAGAGUGCAAAUAUACAGUGCAGCUAGAGGUGCAUCAACCUGCAUUGUUGACUAGAGUUAAAAGACACGCACAGGGAGCAGCCCAUCCUUUGGUUUUAUAGGAACCUUGAUAAAGACAAAUACAGACACACAUAGCUAACAAUGCCUUGAAAAUGAUUUUUAGAAGUGCUAAUGUUUUUGAGCAAGAGCAGUCUUCGGUCUUCAGGGACCGAUGUGACAUUACAAGACGUACUGAGGAGAGCAAAAAAUGACACCAAGCAGACUGCCUUUCUGCAAGCAAAAGAUGCUAUGUCUCCAGUACAGUACAGCCUGUGUGGCUCCCAUGAGAAGUUCGUUUUGGUCCUCACUGGUUUCAGCUUGUGAAUUCCUUCUCUAGCAGGUGCGGUGCUAAAUGAAAGUUCUGCUUACUACAAUGACCAGAAUUUUCUCUCUCUCAAAUGCAACAAUUUCAAAUAAAUUCAGCAGUUGUCUAAUGAAAGCAGUUAUGCAUUGUCAUGCGUUCAUCGAGCUAAAGCUUCCACUGAAGAUGGCAUGGUCUGGAAGCUAAUGCAGCUGCGUGCAUCUGUUUGCCAUCAAAGAGCUUGCUGUGCAAGGGGUGCUUGCCUACCAUGCGCAGUCUGGGUAAUAGGAGCUUUUGCUAGUUUUUUAUUUUCAGUUUUUCUAGCUAUGAUCCUUACAGUUUCUUGGCGGAAGGACUGAUCUGCCACCUUUAUUUUAGUGCACUUUGUGUAAUGCUCAACCAACAUCCUGACCCAACAAAGACACUCUUCACACCUAAUGCCACAAGUUUGCUAGAGCUUGAUAACCACAGUUGGCCUAGAAACAUUUCAAAUAUGCAUGAGUACCAUUAUGCUGUCUUGCAAAGUGGUGCAAACAGACAGACAAAACCUUUUCAAACCACUGAAGUACAGAAGUGGAUGAUUUGGGUAUAGUGAAGCCUAAUGUGAAGCAUGAGCUUCCAAGUCUGUGACCAAUCUUCAAGUUGGUGCUAGUUGACAGCAACAUGCAGGAACUUCAGUUUGCUUGCUAUGAGGACUUUGAAAUUACGAAGGUUGUUAGCCUCUCAUUAUUUUGGAUACUCCAUGCAUUACAGUGGCUUAGUUCUCCAAGGCAUGCCCAGGCUUCCAGCCCUCUCAACUUCCACUGCUAAUUCUUACAGGCAAAUUUCUAUGCUAUGUAUUAUAAAUUUAAAAGGACAUGCGGCCAUUUCCAGUGCCACUUUUGUCAAAUAUGCAUGUAAUAGCGGUGAUGCCUCCUCUAAUACGAGACUGUGUAUUUAAAUUGACAUUCUUGUGUUCAAGGUUAUGCCUGCUUGUAUAGUAAACAUUCUGCAUCUUUAAAAUUGGUUUUGGUAUGCCUAGUGAAUUUUUUUGUAGAUACUAUGCUUCUUUAUAACAUUUGAUAGUUUCCAAUGCAAUGAAUUUAGAUGCCCGAUUGAUUGAUUGAUUGAAAACAUCUUUAUUUGCAGGAUAUUCGUAGAACUCGUGGGUGGGCCGCCUAUUCCGGUAGCCCACUGGUUACUGCUGCUGCGCUGGCCCUCCCCACCAGCCAAAUUUUGGAUAAUUCUAAAGUUAGCAAAAAUAAACCAUCAUAAAACAUCAUUAACAAAAAGAAAUUAAGUAAAUUGUAAAGCUGGCAAAAAUAAACUAUCAUAAAACACCACUUAAAAAAAAUAGAAAUUAAGUAAAAAGAUCUGUCAUAAUUUACCAAAUAUAAGCGCCAAGAACAUGGGACUUCCCGCGUUUCCUAAACAAACAAAGGCUUUUUAAUGUGUUUGAUGUGACAGUCCUACCGACAUGAGCAAUCUGAUUACAAAUGAAACAUAAAAAUAGCUGGUAGUGUCCAAUAAUUAUAGGUCACUAGGCACAAGUGCCAUUGCACUUGGUGUAUAUGUGCACAUCUAGAGCUACAUAACAAAGUUUGCCGAGUUAAGCAUGCAGCCAAGCUAGCAGGCAUUAUGGGCACUAGUUUCCUCCUAGACUUGUAUGCUAUGAGUUGGAAGCAACUGGUUAAUUUCUAAUUGGUUAAAAAUGAAGUUUUUCUUAAUUUUGGUAAUUGAUCAAUAAAAUUUUUUUGCAAGACUGGUAAUAAUUCCAUUUUUCUUCAGUAAUCAGAUAUUAGUUAUCAGUUAAAUUUUUGAGAAAAUAACUGGUGAUGCAACUUUGAGGACAUGAGCUUCGUUUGCAAAGAGUGGCAUCAGUGGGAAUGUUUCAUCUGGUAGCAGAACACAGUUCAGCUAUAAAGUGUGCCACAUGAUUAUGUCCGAGCAACCCAGCUGGACUGGUUGGUACAUUUCUUUAUCAAGAGAAGUUAGAAAAACAACAGCAUUCUAAUGACGUGCUGUGCUAGUUUGUUCCCCAAAUCAUCGAAAAAUUGUCCUCUCCAUUGCAUACAAGUCUUCAAGGGACAUAAAAAACAACACUAAGUUCGUUUACAUUGUAGAAGUACUUUUCAAGAUUCAAUAUGCGUUUGUCUGGUGGGAAAAGGUUGGUUAGUAGCUGAUAAACUGAAUAGCAAAAUUGCCCUAGUUGAACUUAGUGCCCAAGCCACAGUGCUGGUGCAUAUUUAAAAUAACUUUUGCCUUUGGUUCCUUUAGAAUGCUAUGUUUUGCUUGUUUAUCAAUGAACUGCUGAAUGGUCUUGAGUAGACACUGUCAAGUCUUGCAACAGAAUGAGAAGCUAGUGCAAGAGCCUCAAGCCUGUCUCAUUUUUGAGUCUUGCCUGACUUACCUGGACUUUCAACAUUUAUUAUCAUUAAACAAGCAUAUAGUCACGAGAGGAAAAGCCAGUCAGUCAGUUCUAAGCGAACGGCCGUUUACAGUUCAUGUUGGCAGCAGCUACCACGCACACUUCUUCUUCCUCGACUUCCAGCGUAACUAGUGCAUGCCAUUACCCCUCCCUCCAAAAAAAUAAAUAAAUAAAUAAAUAAAUAAAGUUGGGGAGAGGUUAAAUGCCACAAGGAAAAAAAUAAAAGAAACGAGAAAGACAACGGACGAGACGACAGGGGCCGCAUCACAAAGUUUGUGGAUGAGAGUCAGCACGAAUGGUAAGGCUUCAUCCUGGUAACGUGAACAAUGUCAGAGGAACGUGGUCUACGGGAGUGGUGCAAAGUGUCGGCGGGAAUAACUUCGUAGUUGACAGGACUUAGACAACGCAAAACUAUGUAGGGUCCACAGUGUCGGCGCAAUAAUUUUUCUGACCGGCCUCGUUGACGUAUAGGGGUCCAAACCCAUACAAGAUCUCCCGGGUUGUAUGUGACGUCUCGAUGGCAUAUGUUGUAUCGACGAGCAUCUUGACUUUGUCGGGAUAGAAUUCGUUGCCGCGCAAGGUGCCGCGCCGCUUCGGCACGCUGAACAAAGGUGUCUGUAUCUGGUGCGGUAGGUUGAGACGAAGUUGGUAGGAGCAUCAUGUCGAGCAUAGUGGUGACGUCGCGUCCGUAGACCAGACGAAGAGGAGGAAACCCGGUGGUUUCUUGUAGGGCAGUGUUGUACGUGAAUGUCACAUACGGGAGCAGUUCGUCCCAAUUUUUAUGAUCCGUGGCAACAUACAUGGAAAGCAUAUCCGCAAUCGUUUUGUUGAGACGCUCAGUUAAACCGUUAGUCUGCGGGUGAUACGCAGUUGCCGUACGGUGCGUUGUUCCGCUCAGCUGCAGAAUAUCUCGGACCAACUGGGCAGUGAAGGCCAUACCACGGUCUGUGAUGACAACAGCGGGAGCACCAUGUCGAAGGACGAUAUUUUUGAUAAAGAAGUUAGCAACAUCUGAAGCAGUAGCUCGCUGAACGGCUUGUGUUUCGCAGUAUCGAGUGAGGUAAUCGGUGGCGACGAUGAUCCGGCGGUUAUCGGCCGAAGACUUGGGAAAUGGGCCCAGUAAAUCCAUCCCGACUUGUUCAAAAGGUGAGCAAGGAGGUCAGACAGGCUGAAGCAGACCGGCUGGUUUCAGUGGUGGAACUUUGUGGCGCUGGCAAUCUCGACAACUUCUGACGUACUGCUUAAUGGUUUUUGUGAGUUUUCGCAAAUAGUACUUCUGCUUGAUCCUCGCGAGAGUACGCGUGAAACCAAGAUGCCCGGACGUUGGUUCGUCAUGGCAUGCACGUAGAACGUCGUCGAGGAGAGUAGUGGGAACAACGAGCAGCAAAACGGUUGCCGUAGGGUGAAAGUUUUGCUUGCAUAGGAUGUCGCCACGUAGGCAGAAAGAGUACAAGUGACGCGCGAACUGCCGUGGGGGUUGUGGGCGGCUUCCUUCAAGGUAUUAAAUCAAGGGCUGGAGCUCGGAAUCUUGGCGUUGCUGUUGGGCAAGGUUUAAAGACGGGAGAGUACAAAGAAAACCAGAAUCGUUGUCAGUAUCUAGUGGUGCGGGUUCGACGGGGGCGCGGGAGAGACAGUCGGCGUCAGUGUGUUUCUGGCCAGACUUAUAGACGAUGGUCACAUCAAAUUCCUGCAACCGAAGGCUCCAUCUUGCGAGACGGCCUGAAGGAUCUUUGAGAUUCGCCAGCCAGCAGAGAGAGUGGUGGUCGCUGACGACACGGAAGGGGCGUCCGUACAGGUAUGGGCGGAACUUCUGGAUAGCCCAUAUGACUGCCAGACAUUCUUUUUCAGUUGGUGAGUAGUUUUUUUCAGCAGCAGACAAGGUUCGGCUGGCAUACGCAAUAACGCGCUCAACACCAGCUUGAAACUGUACGAGUGUCGCUCUGAUACCAACGUUACUAGCAUCAGUAUGCACUUCUGCGUCAGCCUCGGUGUCAAAGUGACCAAGGAUCGGUGGUGUCUGUAGACGUCGCUGAAGGUCGUGGAAGGCGUCGGAUUGUGCUGGGCCCGAAACAAAUGUGGCGUCGUUCUUGAUGAGUCGUUGCAAAGGUUCGGCAAUUUCACAAAAAUUGGGUACAAAACGGCGGUAAUACGCGCAAAGCCCUAAAAAUCGGCGGACAUCGUGUUUUGUCUUCGGUAUCUGGAACAGAGCAACUGCCAGGGCUUUGUCACGGUCAGGGCGCACACCGGUGCUGCUGACAAUAUGACCUAGAAAUUUGAGCUCCUUGUAGCCAAAGUGACAUUUUUCGGGCUUCAGGGAGAGGCCGGCGGUGCGAAUAGCUUGAAGAACCGCCUCAAGCCGCUAGAUGUGUUGUUCAAACGUGGUGGAAAAAACUACAUCGUCUAAGUAGACUAAACACGAGUUCCACUUGAGGUCAGAUAAAACUGUGUCCAUCAUGCGUUGAAAUGUGGCCGGAGCGAAACACAAUCCAAAAGGGAGGACCUUAAAUUGAUAGAGACCGUCGGGUGUUAUAAACGCCGUUUUUUCCUGGUCCCGUUCGUCAACUUCAAUUUGCCAGUACUCACUACGCAGAUCCAUUGAAGAAGAGUAACGGGCAUGUCGCAGGCGAUCCAAGGAGUCGUCAAUUCGAGGAAGUGGGUAAACGUCUUUUUUCGUGACCUUGUUCAGUUUGCGAUAAUCGACACAGAAUCUUAGUUCCGUCUUUCUUUUUAACUAAUGCAACAGGUGAAGCCCAAGGACUUGUCGAUGGUUGAAUGACAUCAUCGUCGAGCAUUUGUUUCACUUGAUGACGAAUAGCAUCCUGUUCUCUCUGCGACACGCGAUAAGUGUGUUGGCGAACAGGUUGGACGGUCGGUUCAGUGAUGAUUCUGUGUUUGAUUAAAGGAGUCUGUUUGACCUUCGACGUGGUGGCGAAACAGUCGCUGAAUGACGAUAGCAGAGUAAGGAGCCUCUCCUCGUUUUGGUCGAGCUGUGGGUUGACGAUGUGACUGAUCAAGUCCACAUCGCUGGGUUCCGGAAUCGAGAUGGUCGUUACCGAAGCACAGGCGUUGGACUCGGCCAUCGUUUCAAAGUAGGCCAUGGUGGUAUGUCUCGCAAAGUGCUUGUACUCUUCACUGAAGUUCGUAACUAGAAUCGUGGUUUGCCUAUGUUGGAGCUCUACAAGACCUCGUGCGACGCCGACUUCGUGAUCCAGCAAUAUGGUGAGGUUACCUUCGACGAUGCCUAUUCCUAGUUGUUCUUGGGGGCAUUCAACGAGGACGAAGAUGCUACUUCGAGGCGGUAACGUCACGGAGUCAUCGACCACGCGUAAAGCCGCGCGGUGAUGUUCAUCCUCCACAUUCGAAUCCGAAGAAACAUAGAAAAAGUCACGAACAAGUCACGAACAAGUCACGAAGGUUAAUGAUCGCCCCAUAUUCCUGGAGAAAAUCCAUGCCCAGUAUAACUAGCCGAGAACACUUGGGCAGCACAAGGAAAGACGCUACGAAAGUCGAAGUAGAAAUUGCAAGUAUGGCGGUGCAUCGUCCAAUGGGUGACACGAGGUGUCCUCCGGCCGUAAUCAGAUGUGGGCCGUCCCACGCUGUCAGCACCUUGCGUAGCUGAGUCGCCAGUGAGGCACUCAUAACCGAGUAGUCACCUCCCGUAUCUACAAGUGCAGUUAGCGGAUAACCGUCAAUUGAAGCAGUAAUAGCAGCAGAAGUUUUUUUUGCAGUUUCGAAUGAAGGCGUCAGCGGUACGUCGUGAGGGGAUGGCGUCGGCGGAGGAUAUUUGACGGUUCGCAUGACAGCGGCCUCACCCCCGGAGGUCGCCGUUUUCAGUUGCCCCAGCGCGGGCUUCCACCGUUGACUCCAGCGGAAUCAAAGGCGGGUCGAGCACGGUUCGGUGAUGCGUACCGACGAGGUGAAGGCAACCGUGACUGUCUUCGCUGUUGGGCAGGAGGAAGCCGGUUAGUUUCUAAGUAUUGCUCGAUUUCGUGCGGGUGUUCGCCAUAGCGCGGGCAACGGGCGUCCGGAUGGUAUCCCCGCAGACCAAUCCGUCGGUACUGGCAAUCGCGAUACAUGUGACCAGCCUCCCCGGAGUGAUAGCACAACGGACUGUUGCCAGGGGCGCGCCAUACUGUAGAUUUGCGCGGACCAGGAUGAAAGGGUGCUUGCGGAUUCGUGCGGUGGAUCGGACUUGGGGAGCGGCGAGAAAUCCUAGCAGGCGGCUGCGAAAAACGGCCCGUCGAUGGCGCGCAAGCCCGAAGAGCAUCCGCGUACGAGAACGUGGGAGGUUCGGGUCGUGUUGGUGGCGAGGGAUGAACCACUUGGCCGAUUUCUUCCCGAAUGACAUCCGUAAGAACCGCAGCACUGGGAGGUGCCGGAGCCGAUGCAUAGUACUUCUGCAGUUCUUCUCGAACAAUUUGUCGUAUCAGCUUGGUAAGUGACUCCCUGUCAUCAUUUGCAGGUACGAGAGAGCAUGCAGCAGUCAUGGUGGUCUGGCGUUCAUACUGCGAGAGUCGCUGCCGAAGCAUACAUUGCAUGACUGUUGCCUCACGAACUGAGAGACUGUUGUAGGAGGAUUGCGCACAAGGCCCGUGAAAAGCUGUUCCUUCACGCCUCGCAUUAACAGACACACCGUCUUGUCUUCUGGCAUUAGUGGAUCGGCCCGACGGAACAAUCGCGUCAUGUCUUCGACGAACAUGGCAACGGUUUCGUUUGGCAUUUGGAACCUCGAAGACAGUGCCUGUUCGGCUCUUUCUUUCCUUUCGGGAGUGCAGAAGGCUUUGCAAAGCAGUCGGUAAAACUCCUGCCAGCUGGUAAAUGAGGCUUCGUGGUUCUCGUACCAUACUCUCGCCACGUCUAAAAGGAAAAAGUAGACGUUCUUCAACUUACGGCGAUCGUCCCAGUCGUUAAAGGUGGCGACCCGGUCGAAAUGGUCCAACCAGUCUUCAACCAGUCUUCACUAGCGAAGCCACCAGUUCAUUCUGGCCAGGAUUCGCUAUUGUGGUCUUAAACGAAGACUUAACAUUAUACAGCACAAAUGAAAAAAAAGUCUGACAGUCUUGUCCAUCAUUCAUAUUAGUGAAAUCCUCACAAAAGUUUUUUAAGUAUUGCAAAACGUGGUUGACUACUUUGAAUAAUUGCUCAAUUGCUUUGUUGAGGCUCUAACUGAUAAGUUAAUUCAUAUAUAUUUAAGUUAUGGUAAUUUCAAUCAUAACUGGUUACUUUUUUAUGUAAUGCUAAAACUGUUUUUCCUAGUGCUAUGGCACCAACACAGAAAGCUGCCCAGUGGAGGGAGCCUUGGCUCUUUAGAUUGAGCAAUGGGCAAUGUCAGAUAAAAUGUGUGUAGGAUUUGACUGCAUUAUUAGAAAAAAUUUGCACACCUAAUAAAAAUUCUAAAAUAACAUUGGCAUUUAUUGUUCUGAAGAAGACCAGUAUGGCACACACUAAAUCAAAAAGAUAUGUUACCACAAAUAUUAGCACCUUCCAUCGCUUCAGCCAUGAAACACGUUAAAUUACUGCAGAAAACUCUCUAUAGUCAAGUUAUAUCAAAUAUAUGAAAAUUUUGUUUAAAUUGUAACCGUGGCUAAUGACAGUAGAAACAAAAUUUGAAAGUGUAAGAAAAAUGCAAGUGAAACGGUUCUAAAAUUAUUUUUUUAUGUAAAGGAGCCUCAGUGAUUCUUUUAACUAUGUCCUGCAUCAGGUGAUAGCGGGCACAAGGUGAGCACUUUCUGCUCCAAACAAAGGCAAAAUAAAUGUUUUUUUCUCUUUAUGGGGUUUUACGUGCCAAAACCACUUUCUGAUUAUGAGGCACGCCGUAGUGGAGGACUCCGGAAAUUUCGACCACCUGGGGUUCUUUAACGUGCGCCUAAAUCUAAGCACACGGGUGUUUUUGCAUUUCGCCCCCAUCGAAAUGGGGCCGCCGUGGCCGGGAUUCGAUCCCGCGACCUCGUGCACAGCAGCCCAACACCAUAGCCACUGAGCAACCACGGCGGGUGCAAAAUAAAUGUAUCUGCCUAUAUUGGUACUAGUAUAUAUAUUGCAAUCAGACUAAAAUGAUACCAUACCACAAAACACUGAAUGUGACAACACAAACAGUAAGCUAAAUACUAUUGCAUCAAUUAAUGACUAUAGCAUGACAGUUAAACACUGAAAAAGAAAACACCAAACCAACUAUGCAACACUAAAGAAAAUUAAGUACUGAUGCAAAAGCUUAUGUAGGUUUUCGUUUUUCUGCUGCAAACAACAGCUGUUCAACCAAAAAAUCAUGGUAUCGAACCUAAUUUUCUCCAGCACAUAAGAAAUAAAAAAUUAUGCUGUCUUUUGCUACAGUCACUCUAAGUUUUCAUUUUGAGCCGUACACAGAGAAGCAUAAUGUCGCAAGAUGCCUGGUAGACAUAGCUGGUGAUACACGGUAUCACAAAUCGCCAAUGAGCACUGGAUGUGCACCAGAAAGCCCAGUGUCCUGCCACACCAUUUCGUCAAAACAGAGCAUGUAGGAACAGAAAAUAUAGGUGUACAGAUAGAAUACAAAAGGCAAAUGAUGCCAGUAUCUCGACUCAAAACUUUGUGUCACUCUUCCUUCAACUACAAGAACUCUGCAGAAAAAUCAGCAGAGAUUUCCAUUGGUAUGACAUUAACUGCAAGCUUUGUUUGUUUGUUUCUGCCUGGCAGAAUUAUGGCCUCUCAAGUGCAACAAUAUAGUUGGCUGCAC